GUGGUUCUUGAGGCUGGAGAACAUAUCGACGCUGCGAAAACUUAUCGUAAUAAUGUGAAGGAUGUCCUGCAGCAACUCGAAGCCGCAGUUGUUGCUGCCAAAGAGAAGAAAGAAAAACAGGUGGAGCCUGAACCACAGCCACAGGAACAGACAAAUGAAACAUCUCUUCCACCCAAUAAUNUGUGUGGGUGUGGCUCAUGCUGCUCCAUCAACACCAGGUAUCUCAAGACUUAUUGUGUAGGCACAAGAGAAGGCGAAGGAGGUUUUAAAGCAGAAAGGGGAGUGCGAGAAAGUCGCCAAGGCUGCUCUAAAGGCUGUGGAUGCAGCUCAAGUAUUUGCUGUUACCACUGA